GGCAAUAAAACUUAUUGCUAUCUUUUUUCUUAUUGUAUUUAAUAUUUAAAAAAAAAAGUAAAGUAAAUAUUACUGUAUACAUAAAAGAAACGAGGCAUGGAUAUAACUAGAGAAAAAGUGGAGAUGAAAGGACUUCCUGAGAAAUUCACAGAUUUCAACUCUGUAGACAAGUUCCGGGUGAUUAUUGGUAUUUUGACGGUAACAAAGCUUGAAUCAAGAGAAAAAUACAGCAUCCCAAUUUCUAUGCUGGUUAGUAAAGUUGUAAGAGGGGUGGAAGUUUCAUUGCAGGAGACCUCAAACCAUUUGUUCAUGUAGCAAUCUAACUUCCUUUUAGAGGAUGGUUGGUCGCCACUUGGAAAUAUCCUAAGCUUCUAGUUUCAUGUAAAAUUCUAAUGCUUAGAUAUCAUUAACACAUUCACCUGUUGACCAAUUGCUGAAUACUCCUCUUAGUCUGAUUUAGUUGUCUCACUUACUAAAUAGACCUGGUCUAA